AUGCAGCAACAACAAAGAAGAUUCAAAGAUUUCCACUCCUCCAGAAUGGACAAAAACAAUGAGAGUAGUCAAUAUCUUACAACUGAAAAGCAUUUUCAGCAAAGCAGUCUAGGUUCCAAUGAGGAAGAGAAAAGUGGUGUGGUCGACAAUAAAGUAGUAUUAAAACAAUCUGUUGAAUCAACUGAUGAUGCUGAUCAUGUUUUUGAUGCAAGCACUGGUGUUGGAUACGAUAUGAACCAACUAGCGGAAAAUAAAAACAUUCCUCAAUUUCAUUUUUACAAGAAUGAAAAAGAAUUAAAAUGGUUGCAAAUUAUUUAA